CUGGGGUUUAUUAAUUAAAAAACCAAAAAGAAACAAAAAGAAAAGAUGCCCCUCUGCAGAAAAACAGUGCCCACCACCAUUUCUUGAUUCUCUUUCCCUUUCCCAACACCUUUCUUUUUCUCCACCCCAUAAAUCUUUUUCAUUUUAUUUCACACUUUUCUUUUUGAUUCUUAUCAUCUCUCUCAUUCUCUUCUCUUUUUCCUCUGGUGAAAACGAAAAGCUGAGAGGUCUUCUUUCUUAAUUUCUCCUGUUAAUUUCCCUUUUUUUAUCUGUCAUUCUCUCGCACAGUGCCCAAAUACGUUCCUUGCCCCGAAAGUUUGUUUCUUUCUCUUAACCGCUCCAAACCCAUGUUCUUGCCAUUACCUCGUUUUCGUUUUACUCAAGAUUCGUGUGUCUAGUGACAUUUUGAAAUUUGAAGGGUUUGAUUUGUGAAGAAGGACAUGUCGCCGGAAGUGGCGGCUGCAGUCGAAGAUGACGCCGACUAUUCCUUCGCCUUAGAAUAUCUCGGGCCGCCGGUGACCCGUGACCUGCCACGGGCGGUGCCCAUCAAUGUGGAUCGGAUUCCCGUGGCCGCCGUCGUUUCACCUCAGCCGUAUUCAAACACCUUGCCGCUGCCCAUCGUGCAGCCAAUUUCUGCUACGGAGAUAAUCAGCAAGAAGCCGUCUAAGGAUUUGAAAUUGAGCUCAGUCGUUUCCCCAACUUCGGUCAUUCCAUUUGAUAUGCGGAAUAAUGAGGCCAGCGAGGGCUCUUUCAGUAAAGAGCUCGGUUUAGGGACGGAGACUAGUGUUUCGUCUAGUUCGAUUAACGAAAAAGAUGCCGAAAAUUGCCUCAAUAAUGAUCCUUUUGCCUCAUCCGGCGAGUUGACUAGGGAUUUGGAGUGUUGUAAUCGUGAUGGUGAGUUGACUAGUCGCGAUAUUUCGUGCGAGUUCACAAGCGGUAUAGAGAGCUCGGGGGCUUUAGACUCUUCGUCUGUAUUCAGCGUGGAUUACCUCUCGUCUAGGGUUUCUUCUAGUAAAUUUGGGAAUGCAAAUCGCGAAACUGAUUGGGACGCGAGGCCUUCUUCUGUGAGGCGUUCUUCUGUGAUGACUUACGGUGAUAUUGAAACUGAUGAUGAUGAGAACACUACUGAGGAGUUUACUCGUUCGGAGCCUGAGUUCGUGCAGCGAGUGAGAAAAGAACCUGCAGUUAGAAUCAAGAAAGGUGCAUGUUAUCGGUGCUUGAAAGGCAAUAGGUUUACAGAGAAAGAAGUGUGUAUGGUUUGUGAUGCUAAAUACUGCAAUAGUUGUGUUCUUAGAGCAAUGGGGUCUAUGCCCGAGGGCAGAAAGUGCGUGACUUGCAUAGGUUACCCUAUUGACGAGUCGAAGAGGGGUUAUUUAGGAAAAUGCUCGAGAAUGCUCAAACGGCUUUUGAAUGAUUUGGAGGUUAGGCAAAUAAUGAAGGCCGAGAGACUGUGUGAAGUGAAUCAAUUACCACCGGAAUAUAUUUGCGUGAAUGGUAGGCCUCUUUAUCCCGAAGAGUUGAUUUUGCUGCAGAGCUGUUCUAAUCCACCAAAGAAGCUGAAGCCAGGCAACUAUUGGUAUGAUAAAGUAUCGGGACUUUGGGGAAAGGAGGGACAGAAGCCUUCUCAAAUUAUUACCCCACAUCUAAAUGUUGGGGCUCCUAUUAAACCAGAUGCUAGCAAUGGGAAUACCAAAGUUUAUAUAAAUUGCCGUGAGAUCACGAAAGUUGAAUUACGAAUGUUAAAGUUAGCUGGGGUCCAAUGUGCUGGAAAUCCACACUUUUGGGUGAAUGAUGAUGGUUCGUACCAAGAGGAAGGGCAGAAGAACACAAAAGGCUAUAUCUGGGGCAAGGCUGGAACAAAGCUGCUUUGUGCUGUACUCUCUCUUCCGGUUCCUUCUAAAUCAUCUCAACCUUGUGGAGAGCAAGCUAGAAUUCUUUACAAAGAUGCACCUUUCUCAGAGGAAGAUCGUGAGCACAUUAAAUCAGUGAUCCAGAGCCAUUUGUAUAGUUACAUCGGAACAAUUCUUGAAGCUCGCGAGCGGUUUGAGGAAGAAAGUUGUCCUUCAACAACAAUUGCAGGGCAUGACGAAGAGAAUCCUUAUUCCAUUUCUCCAUGUUUAAAGUCAUUUUGCGAUUGGCUCCUUAGAAUUAUGGCCUCAGGGACUUUAGAGGCAAUUUUCCCUGCCGCCAGUCGAGAAUAUGCACCUGUGGUUGAAGAGCUGUUGAGAACUUCGGCUUUUCACGCAACUUAUAAACGGAGAAAUGAAUUAGAUGCUCUUCCCAGUAUUGCAAGUUAUUUCCUCGAGCAGGCUGUUGAGAUACUAAAACCCGAUUACCGACCGUCCGAUUUGGAUAUCCUUUAUGCCGAGCGAGUUACGUCAUCUAACGGGCUUUCGUGCGUCGAUUUCUCAUUCCCCGACUCAUCAUAUGACAAUAAUAUCGACAGUGGUAAUCUACGUGAUUCCAUGCUCAGGUAA